AUGGUCGCCAUCUCAAUCGUUGCCGUCGCCGCACUUCUCUCCUCCACCGCCUACGCCUGGACCGGCCAUGACGCACCUAAAUGCCGCUCGAUCACACCAACCUCUUCCUCAAAGGAGGAUACGGCCAUCUUAAAGGAUCCCAAUGUUUCCAAAUGCUUCACGUUGCUCAACAUCUGCAUGGGCUACUAUCACCCAAGCCCAUCUGAGCUGUACAUCACCUUGACCAACAAAGCGCACAACGCGUUCGUGUGCUUGAGCGACGAAAACGGCUGGCGGAGCUGCGUACAGACUAGCGCGGGUGUUCCUUGCAAUGCUGGAGUCCCUGUGAACGCCUUCAAGAUAUACACGUCCCUGUAUCCCACUCUAUCGUAG